GAAGGGUACUGACCAAUUCAAUUAUUCUAGGAGUACUUUUGCUAAAAAAUUGAGCCAAAAAAAAAUGAAAAACGAAAUGGAACCGUUGACUGUAGCCACCUUGGUCUACACUGCAGAAAAGAAUACAAGUGUUCAUCUUCAACAACUCUCCCUUUCUCUCUCCUCACCGUUAAUGGCGGCUCCCCCAUAUCCCCUCUCGUCAACCGAAACAUCCAUCACCAGGAAACCCCCCAUGCUCCUCAAUUUCAUCUGACAUCAUCUCCAAAUCAAUCAAUUUCUAUGGAUAAAACCUUCCAAGCAAUUCUGGCGGCCAUCGCCAGCUUCUUCGUGGUCACCGUAAUCCUUGCCUCAAUCCUCAUCAUCUGCAAGACCGAAUCCAAGCAGCAGCAGCAGCGCCGCCGCCGCCGCUCCUCAGCCCCUCAAACCCGAUCCCGCAAUCUGGUCGCGCCGAAGCCCAACCCUAGACCCGACCCGAACUAUUCCCCCUGCGACAGCGCAACCUUCGACCCGACGAGCCUCCCCCACGUGUCGAUGCAGGAGCUCGUCGCCGCGACGCACAACUUCUCCAGCGAUCUGAUCAUCGGCGACGGCAGCUUCGGGCUGGUCUACAAGGCCCGCCUCAGCACCGACGCCGUCGUCGCCGUGAAGCGCCUCUCCAGGGGCGUAGCUAGCCUAUGUUUAGAUGGGGCAAUUGGCCACAUCCAAAUCCCCACUCAUCCUUCUAUAUUUUGUAUAGCAGGUUUGGUUCUACUUGGAAUCCGGCGGGUGAGGCGACGAGAGAGAUGCCGGAGAUGAAGGGAAGCGGCGAUGCUGCUGCUGUGCAGGAUGGGUUACUGCGGCGGCGGUGGUGCAGGAGGGUCGACGGCGACGGAAGCGGAAUAAAGAGAAGGAGAGCCGACGGCGGUGGCAUGAAACCGUGAGAGAGACGUGCGACAAAAACGAGAAGAAGAAAGGAAGAGGAAGGAGAAAAACGGGCGAAGCGAGCGGCGGUGGGCAACGGCGACGGAAAGAGAGAUGAAGAAAGUAGAGGGUGGCUGCUGACCGAGGGAGCCGCCGGAGUGCACCACAGCUAGGCUGGCGUGUGGGGGUGGCUGGGCGGCGGCGCAUGGCAGGGUGGAAGAGAGAGAAAAGAGGCACAUCAUUCUGACUUAGGGUGUCAUGGAAUAGUAUAUUAGUUAUUGUACACUAAUUGGGCUCUAAUUUUGGGCUUUUAUUGUACUGUAUCAUAUAAUUUGAGUUCUUAUGUUAAACUCUAUAAUUGUUAUUAUA